UCCUGAGAGCCGGGCGCGCGAAGCUGGAGCCCGGAGAACCGAGCUGGGAGCGCCGUGCGGGGCGGGAACCGGGCUGGAGCCGGAUUCUGCAGACACCUGCUGGCCCUCCCAGCCGAUCGGUGCACGCAUAGUGGCCCGCAGGCCCCCGCCCGGGCCCAGACCCCUCCCGGGCCCUCCAUGGCCCGGGCCGCAGUCCUCCCGCCGUCCAGACUGUCGUCGCCGACGCUGCUGUUGAGGUCGUUCCUGCUGCUGCUGCUGCUGCUGCUGCUCCGGGAAACAGGAGCCCAAGAUGUGCAGGUCCAGGUCCUGCCCGAGGUGCGGGGUCUCCUGGGCGGCGCGGUGGAGCUGCCCUGCCACCUGCUGUCACACAGCCCCGGCGUCCGCAUCACACAGGUCACCUGGCAGCUCCUCAACUCCGCGGUGGCCGCCUUCCACCCCUCCUACGGCGUCCACUUCCCCAACCCCCAGUCCACCAAGGACCGCCUGUCCUUUGUCAGGGCGGGAGACGAUGCGCAGUCAGACCUGCGCGACGCCACGCUGGUCAUCCAGGAGCUGAAGGUGGAGGACGAGGGCAAUUACACCUGCGAGUUUGCCACCUUCCCCAACGGCACCCGCCGGGGCGUCACCUGGCUCCGGGUCAUAGCUCAGCCUGAGAAUCACGCCGAAGCCCAGGAGGUCACCCUCAGCCUGGAGCCCAUGCCCGUGGCCAGGUGCGUGGCCACGGGCGGCCGCCCCCCUGCCCAGAUCAGCUGGAUCUCCACCCUGGAGGGUGGGGAGGCCAGAGACAGCCAGGCACCAGGCCCCUACACGGGCACGGUCACCGUCACCAGCCGCUAUACCCUGGUGCCCUCGGGGCGGACGGAUGGCGCGAAGAUCACGUGCAGAGUGGAGCACGAGAGCUUUGACAAGCCGGUGCUGCUGCCCGUCACGCUGGCUGUGCGCUAUCCCCCCGAGGUCUCCAUCUCCGGGUACGAUGACAACUGGUACCUGGGCCGCACGGAGGCCUCCCUGACCUGCAGCGCACGCAGCAACCCCGAGCCCACGGGCUACGACUGGAGCACGGUCUCGGGCAUGUUCCCCACUUCAGCGGUGGUCCAGGGCCCCCGGCUGCUCGUGCACUCGGUGGACCGAGAGGUCAACACCACCUUCAUCUGCACCGUCACCAACGCCGUGGGCACCGGGCGUGCCGAGCAGGUCAUCGUGCUCCGAGAGACGCCCAACACGGCAGGUGCAGGGGCCACAGGAGGCAUCAUCGGAGGGAUGAUUGCGGCCAUCAUCGCGACCGCGGUGGCCGUCACCGGCAUCCUCAUCUGCAGGCAGCAACGGAAGGAGCAGAGGCUACAGGGGGCAGAGGAGGAGGAGGACCUGGAAGCUCCUCCGUCCUACAAGCCACCGACCCCCAAGGCCAAGCUAGAAGAGCCUGAGAUGCCCUCCCAGCUCUUCACCCUGGGGGCCUCUGAACACAGCCCACUCAAGACCCCUUAUUUUGAUGCUGGCGGCUCAGGCCCUGAACAGGAAAUGCCUCGCUAUCAUGAGCUGCCCACCUUGGAAGAGCGAUCAGGGCACAUGCUGCUAGGAGCCACAAGCAUGGCACCCCCCAUCCUGGUCACUCCAGCACCACCAACUAUAGAAGGGGUUUCCUUAGAUCUAGAAGAUGACGAUGAUGACGAUGAGGAUGAAGACUACCUGGACAAAAUUAACCCCAUCUAUGAUGCCCUAACCUACCCCAGCCCCUCUGAUUCCUACCAGGGCAAAGGUUUCAUUGUGUCCCGAGCCAUGUAUGUGUAGUAGGCUGCAUAUGUGGGUUUGCCCUCUCACCUCUCACCUUUGAUCUCUUAGCUUUCUGCCAGGGAUCUAGUGGCCCUGAACUCCCAGCCAAGCCACUGUCACUUAACACAUGUAUAUUCUCCCUGGUGACAUCGACCUUAGCCAGUCCACUGUGACCUCUGACCCUUGAGAAACCUGCUGCACACAACAGUGGAAAGCUGGUGAUUUUAUCUCAUGUGGCAGGGGGUAGCGAGGAUGUGUCUGAGCACCACCUCUGUCCCCAAGAAGUCCUAAGACUUCUUAGGACACCUUACACCAUGCCACUCACUUCCCGGCCACCCACAUCUCACCACCCACAACUCCAAGACCUCUCAUUCCUUCUCAGGCAGUAAUCGCCGCUGGGUCGGCAAGCACUGGGCAGUUAGAGCUCCCUGCUAUCCAGACUUGAGCCCUCCAAGCAGCAGAGCUCCCCCUGCCCCCCCCCACCUCACCCUUGCUCCCCAAUGGAGGAGGGAGUUCCCCAUCCUGAGGGAAUGUGCCCAUCUCCCUCCUCAUCCUUCCCUGAGCCCCUAGCACCCCAAUUCCCAUGUAAAGAGCAG